AUGAUUUUCUUUAGGCAACAGAAGAUGCUACUCCUAUUCGCAAAUAUUGGCAUAGUAUUGGGGGUUGGGAUCUUCAUGACCGGAUAUUUCUGUCCUCCUCCAACGCUGGCAUUCAAUCACGACCUCAAACAGGCUGGGUUGGAACAAGCUAGAGUGGAUGAAUAUGAUCCCCAUCUGUCUCCGCCUUUUGAGAAAGUCAUUUUCAUGGUGAUUGAUGCCCUACGCAGUGACUUCGUCUAUGAGGGUGACUCGGGAUUCAACUUUACACGGAGUCUCAUAAAAUCUGGCUCCGCGAUUCCGUUCACUGCUCUUGCUGCCCCGCCUACCCUAACCCUGUCGCGGAUUAAAGCCAUGACGCAGGGCAGUGGGCAAUCUUUCCUCGACGCAUGGCUCAAUGUGAUGCACUCCGCCGAUGCAAGGCGCCUUGUAGGAGGGGAUACAUGGCUGUCCCGCCUCAAGUCUGAACGUGCAACGGAAAAGAAGAUGGUCUACUACGGUAUCGACAUGUGGUGUAUGCUGUACCCAGAGAUAUGGGACCGCUAUGAAACUGUUGACUCCUUUUAUCUACCGAACUUUAGCGAGGUUGACAGCAACGUUACGAGGGGAUUGGUGGCAGAACUCGACAGAGAUGACUAUAAGGGCCUGGUUCUGCACUACCUUGGCCUCGAUAAUGCAGCUCAUUUUGGAGGUGCUAGAAGCCCGAUCGUGAGAGCAAAGCAAGUUGAAAUGGACGACGUAGUCCGCCGGAUAUACUCUGGUUUAGAGCGGCUGCCUCACCACCAAAACACUCUAUUCGUCAUAGCAGGCGACCACGGAAUGACGGAGAACGGCAAUCACGGUGGUGAUACAGCCGCUGAAAUUGCUUCUGCUCUAGUAUUCGUCUCACCGAAGUUCAAAUUUCUGAGAAAGGCACUGCCAAAUUCUCAUCCGUACAAUUCGGAGUAUAAGUAUUAUUCUGUUGUUGACCAGGUUGACCUUGUCCCGACACUGUCAACACUCCUGGGGGUUUCAAUUCCUGUUGGAAGUGUGGGUGUUUAUAUCGACGAGCUACUUGCAAUUUUCCCCCAGGUGGGUGACCAGAUGGGCGCCUUAAUGCGCAACGCCAAGCAGAUGAUCAGCCUUCUGAAUCUGAGAUAUAACCUGGAAAUUCCGGUGGAUCUAGUUUUAUGUGACGGGACGUGUCUUUGUGGUUCGGACAGAGUGCGCCGCGUUCUGUGCCUAUGGGAGAGGUUCAAUUCUGAAAAGCCUGGGACAGCGUGGAGUACCGAUCUCGACAUUCAAGAUGCUGUGCAGUUGCUAAAGGAAAUCUGCAUUGAAGCCCAGCAGGUUCUUAACAUCCCGCAUAAUAAUCUCAACUUCUCCCGCAUGGGCACAGGCAUAGCACUGCUAUCAUUGGUGGUAGUUCUUCUACUAUCAAGCCUGCUGUUCUGUCACAGUAAUUCUAAUGACUCUGGUUGGCUAAUUGCCGGAAUUUUCGCCUUUCUCCAAGGUACAACAAUGUUCUCUACCCGCCUAGUGGCAGAAGAACACCAUUUCUGGUAUUGGACAUCCCUCGCAUGGCUUGUUUAUCUAGGACUCCGACGAUCAUCCCCAAGAAAUGCCAGAACAAGUGUCUUAUUCCUCGCUCAGCUACAUAUUGCUGGUCAGAGCUUGAACCCGGCUGCAGAGACACCCUGGGGCACUGGGAAGUUUCUGCAUGGCAUCUUUCAUGACAACCCACUAUGGCUGUGGAUCCUGGCGGCGGGUGCGCAUGUUGUAGCAGCACGGACGCUUUCCAAAAGUAUCAGCGUGGCCCUCGGCGUAAAUACGUCCGCCUCAACAUUCUUUGCGUCGCUCGUAUGUGCCUUGACGGUACUUUUCAAAAUGAGCUCAACGCAUACCUUCAACCCUGAGCUCCUGAACUGUCUAUCUCCACGACUCCAGUCAAUCUUCACCAGAGAUGUUGGAAAUAUGGCCCUCUGGACGUUGUGGAGCGGGCUAUUGACCCUAUGCAUCUUGCUGCUUGCUAGGCGUCAGUCUGUGAGCGUGAACCAUCAUUCUAGACAAGCUAUACUUACCACCGUCGUCGAACUUGCAAAUGUAUAUCUCCGUGCCCAAGCCCGGCCGAAGAGCCUCAUCCUAUUCCUGAUCUUCGACCUUGAAAUGCACUGCCUCGUGUCCAUAUUCUCAACUAUCGACGCAAAGCCCUCCACAAUAUCCCUCACCAUCCUUCUCCUCACCCAAAGUGCCUUUUUCUCUGGCGGACGCAACAACUCCCUCGCCUCUCUGGACAUGAUGAAUGGGUACAACGGCAUCUCACACACGGACAGCAUGUCAAAUGUCAUACUCGUUUCACUGCAAACUAUAUUAAGCAACUGGAUCGGACCCGUCUGGUGGUCUCUUGCUGGCUUAUUGCUUCUAAGCGCAACAACAACAUCAAAGAUCAGAGCUUCUAGAUUGCAAGCCUUUGUAGAGUACGCCACCUACCAGGCAUUAUCUUCUGCGAUUAGUGCUCUGGGGAUGAUGGCGUCAUGUCUUUGGUGGCGCAAUGAUGCAGUGCUGUGGACGGUUCUGGCGCCCAAAUAUGUCAAUUCUGCGCUUUGGGUUGUGUUUCAUCAGUUGCUGGUUAACGGGGUGCUGUGUGCGGGGUUGUGGUUUGGAGUCGCGAUGUAG